GCUUCCUCGCUUCUCCCUUAACGCUCAACAAACAUCCAAUUUAGAUUUCCUAAAGCUGCACGCUUUCGCAGCCUUUUCAGCAACCUUCAGCGACCUGGAAUUGACACCCAGUCUGCUUUAUCCUUCAACUCUACUUCGUCUACAUUCGUCUAUUCAUUUAUUGUGUGCUUCGUUGCCACACAGCACAGUCUCAUCUUCACAAGAGUCGCUUGACCCCAGGCGCCCUCUUACAUCGCUUCAUAUUGGAUGUCCCUCACCGUGAUGUCUGAAGCCAGUCAGCUUCUUCCCGAAGUCACAUCAGAGCCUCAAACAUUCAAUAUCACACAGUCAGUUCAGCAAAACACCCCUGCUUCUGUUGACCUUCCCUCUAAAAGGACAGAGAUACUCGACAAACCAAGCGAAAGUUGGGAAACUGCAUACGUGUGGGCUUUCAUAUGCAAAUUCACUUCUUUAUCUGAAGAUAUUGAGAUUGCAUUAAGAAUACAAAACGUCAUCGAUUUCGAAAAGGCGGUCGAAAAUAAUGAUCGUGACAUACUAACAGCCAUCAUCAAGAUCUUCCACGAGAACCUCAAGCUGGUAAACACAGCCAAUUGGCAACGCUGGUUGUCCCAAUACGUGGACACAGUCUUAAAAGCGAAGGAAAAAAUUCCUUCGAAUGCUCUUUUGAAAUGGCAAGAAAACCUCCUGAAGACUAGCCAGGACGGUUUCUGGAAUUUGGAUUGGAAGGAAAAGAUUCACUUACUCAGGACCCUCGUGGACCACCAGCUGUCCUACUCUCAAAAUAUCCGCUCAAUUGUUGACGAAAAUUAUGAGAAGGCCCUCGGAAAGCCAUCGAAAAAUUCGGCCUCUUCUAAGGCAUCUACGAACACUGGCAAAGCCAGCCUUGAGCAGCCGGUAGCAAUCGAAAACCCUCUCUUGAUUCGACCAUUGGGACUUGACCGCGACAUGAAAACUUGGUGGCAAAUCGAUGACUCGCCAAGGAUUUAUUGCUCUGGAAAUCCACAUAAAUCCAAUUGCUCGUGGGAUGUGCUUAGUUCCACGCAAGAGGAAUUUUUAAUUGCUCAGAGUCGACUGGAUAACGAUCCUUCGCUAUUACCUCUACCGUCCCCUUCGUCCGGUGACGCAGGGCAAGAUGGCAAACCAGUCAAAUCAAAAGGAAAAGUACCUGCCAUGUUUUUGACUGGAAGUAAGAAAAACGGAUCACCUAGCAAAAAAAUCGACCCAAAACUCAAACGUGAGUGGCAAUUAAACAAAGCCAUCGACGAUGUUGCUAAACCCAGAAUUGAAAAUGGGAAGAAGCGCGUCCAACAGAUUCUU